GCUAUGUGGGCUAACAGAGGCUAGCUGUGGGUGUAAUCUUCCUCAGACCGUUGUUACUUCGUUCAGGUUUAUUUCUUCCAGCGGACAGAGGGGGGUUUCCGCCCUCAAGCUCAAACUCAAAGCUUUCUUCGUCGGGGAAAUGGACGGAGAGGAGGACGAUCUAAUGUCCGGGAACCGCUCCGAUGAUGGAGGCGGCACGCCGGUUCAGGAUGAACACCCAGCAUCAGAUGGCGAGGAGAUGAGGAGCGCCGGGCGCCGGUCUGAGGACGAGGGCAGCAACGACGAGGACGACGCCAUGGUGACAGGUGGCAGGGCCAGCGGCUCCGACAAUGAGGACUGCCGCAGGGCCGACAGCGACUCGGAGGGCGAGGGCCCCGGGGGCCGUGAUGACAAAAGUGACUCUGAGGCGGAGGCGCCGAGGCCCGCCGACAGCGACGAUGAGGAUGGCUCAUCUUCAGUGAAACGCAGGAUGAGCGCGUCCGAGGAGGAGGAGGAGUCGCCAGAAAAACGCAGGACGAGCGGCUCAGAUAACGAGGCCUCAUCGCCGCUCAAACGCGGAGCAUCCGACAACGAGGAGGGGGCGUCGCCGCCUCCCAAGCGGAGAGGGAGCAGCUCGGAUGUGGAGGAGCGGCCCAAAGCGGCUGCAGAAAGCGAUUCUGACAACGAGGAUGCCAAAGCCGCGGCGUCCCCAGAGCACCGCUCCAACGCCGACAGUGACUCUGACACAGAGACGCCUGCCAGACGCAAGGCGGCGCAGAUAGACUCGGACGAGGAGGAGAAACGGGAGGAGGAAGGAGGAGGGGAGAAGUGGAAGGGGGUCAUGCAGUCAGACAGCGAGGAGGAGGAAGAGGAAGGGCGGAGGAAGGCUGCAGCAGGAAGUGAUGGGGAGCAGCAGGAGGAAGAGGAGAGGCAGCAGAGAGGUGACAGCGAUGAGGACGACGAGAAGCCAGUGAAGCGGAAGAAGGCCAUCCUGUCCGACAGCGAGGACGAGGACGAGGAGAAGGCGGAGAAACCAGUGGCGAAGAGGAGCCGGGCGGUGUCGGACGACGAGAACUCGGACAGUGACGCCGACUUCGGGGGUCCCGAUAAAAGUUUGGCGGCCAAACUGAAAGAGCUCGGCUCAGACAGCGAGAGCGAGGAGGAUGACCGAGCGAAGGCGGCGGGGAACAAGGACGAGAAAGCGCUCUUUGGCAGCGACAGCGACUCCGGAGAAGACCAGGAGGAGAAGAUGAUCGCAGACAUCUUUGGCGAGUCUGGAGAUGAGGAGGAGGAGGAGUUCACGGGUUUCAACCAGGAGGACCUGGAGGGCGACGGCAAGGCGAAGCAGAAGGUGCAGGCGGAGGAGGAGGAGUCAGACUCUGACGAGGGCGUCGACCGCAGCGGCCUAGACACCAGCAUGAUGUCAGACUUCGACAUCAUGCUCGCCCGGAGGAAAGCCAUGAACAGCAAGAAGAGGCGGCACCGCGAUGGAGGCACGUUCAUCAGCGACGCCGACGACGUGGUCAACGCCAUGAUCACUAAGAUGAACGAGGCUGCUGAGGAAGAUCGAGCUCUAAACAGCCAGAAGAAACCAGCGCUGAAGAAGCUCAUGCUGCUGCCGCAGGUCGUCAUGCACCUGAAGAAGCAGGACUUGAAGGAGACGUUCAUCGACAGCGGCGUGAUGUCGGCCAUUAAAGAGUGGAUCAGCCCUCUUCCUGACAAAUCUCUGCCCGCUCUCAGGAUCAGAGAGGAGCUGCUCAGGAUACUGCAGGAGCUGCCCAGCGUGAGUCAGGAGACGCUGAAGCACAGCGGCAUCGGGCGGGCCGUCAUGUUCCUGUACAAACAUCCCAAAGAGUCUCGAGCCAACAAAGACCUCGCUCUCAAACUCAUCAACGAGUGGUCGCGGCCGAUCUUCGGUCUGACGUCAAACUAUAAGGGGAUGACGAGAGAGGAGCGGCAGCAGAGAGAUCUGGAUCAGCAGAUGCCUCAGAGACGGCGCCUAAGUUCUGGAGGUCAGACGCCUCGCAGAGACCUGGAGAAGCAGCUGACCGGAGAGGAGAAAGCUCUGCGGCCCGGAGACCCCGGGUUCUGCGCCCGGGCUCGAGUCCCGAUGCCCUCGAACAAAGACUACGUGGUUCGACCCAAAUGGAACGUGGAGGGGGACUCCAGCAGGGGUCCGAUGAGGAAGAGUUUGUCCCGUGUUGAUAAACAGAUGCGUAGAUUUGCUGACAUCCGGCGCCUGACGAAGACGGGUCACGCUGUUAAAAUCAGCGUGGAAGGCAAUCGAAUGCCGCUCUGAUUAAUUUUUUUUCUGCUCUAAACUCAGUAGGAUUUAUCGUUUUUACUUUUUAUUGUUUUGUUUCUGAACAAACCCGCAGCUUUGCCCUCCUCAGGUCCAGCUCUGCCUUACUGAAUAAAGGGGCUGAUGUCAGACCGUGUUGGCUUCAGUCCAAAUGUGUUAUCUGCUGUAAACUUGUCUGUUCUCUGAACAAAACGCAUGAAAUACUCCAAAAUGAUCCAAAAAUAACGUUUCCUAAUGCUAACAGUUUAAUUAUUUGCUUUAUUGUUUAACUUGUGUUAGCAGUUAGCUUGAUUAGCUUGACCUGAAAAUCAGCGAUAGUCGCAGUGUUAACAAAUACUGGCGUCACAUAGUAUUUUCUUUUCUUUUCUUUUUUGUUUAUUAUUGGCAAUAUUGGCAGCAUUUUGUAUCUCAAAGUCUAAAAUGUUAGCGAGUGUUUGUAUUUUUUCAAGAUGAAGCUGUUAUUUAUGAUGAUGUCGUAUCAAAAGCUGAGUCAUGUUAGCAGUCAUCUACAUUUGCUAUGCUACGGAGCUAAUAAAAUCUGUAAAAAUAGCUUACUGUUUUAGCUUUAUCUCGGCUCUGAGUGACUUGGCUGUAAAGCUAGCAUAACAAAAAUUAUGAUGUUAUUGUUAGCAAUCUACAUUAGCUUUGUCUAAAAAAAAAAAGAAAAAAAAAGUGCAGCAAUAGCUUAUAUUAGCUAGCUAUGUUAGCCUUAUGUCAAAACUAUUAAGGUCUGUAAGCCUUCUAAGCCAACAUUCAUGUUUAUCUAUAUGUUAACAGUGAAUAUUGAACUAUGGCCACAUAUUAUUAUCAGCCCUGUCACUUUACAUUCUUGUGUUCUUUUAAGUAGAACAUCGUUGUUCACCUUUAAAUUGGUGGUGAUGCACGGUUCAUUGGGCGGAGUUAGUGAUCACAUGUUUUAAAGUAAACCUUAAUAGUUUCUAGCUAUCAAUAAUGCAGACAUCAGUAAUUUAAGUUAAUGCUAUAGACCUUAAUAGUUCUAAGGAAUGGUUAACAUAGAUAACUGUGACGGCUUCAAAGUGAAACUAACAUCAAAGCCAUUUUAGCUUUAUUAACUGGCUGUUUUGGUAGCUAGCAUUGAGCUAUAUAAAAAAAACCCAAAUUAAUUAAAUAAAGGCUAUCAUAUUAGCUAAUGUUAGCUUCACCUUAAAGGUGACAGCUAUUUUUAGCUGUCAGCAAAUUACACUGUUAUUAUCUUAGCUGGUUUGGAGGUGAAGCUAAUUUUAUUUAUAUUUAUCUCUUAGCCCAGUUUUGGAAGUUAGCAUGAUAACACUGACCUUAGGUAAAGCUAAUUUAACAAAGGCACUGAUUUUUGCAGGUAGCAUCACAGAUAAAAUGUUGAUUUUAAGCAUUUGAGCAUUUUUGGCUCACAUUAGCAUAAUGUCAUCUGAUUUAACCGGCUGUGUUCUUAACAAUAGCUAAUGUUAGCUGUGAGCUAGCAUUGUCCUAAACUUCUGUAUUCUUAUGUAAGCUUCAAGCCAUUUGCCUACAUUUAGACUAAAUUGCUCUGUGGUAUUAGCUUGUAUUAGUAGUUAGCUUGUUUUUUUUUUUCUUUCUUUCUUUCUUUCUUUUUUUUUUAUAUAUAUUUUGUAAACUGCCAUGCUGACAGAGUUGCUGGGUUAAAGAUGAACGUGUUGUGUAAUCAGGGGAUCAUUUUGGAGUUUCUUGUCCAGAGUACAUUCAAGUUCUCUGGUUUGGAUUUGAGGGUGAAGUCUCGUCUGCGCUCUCCGUCUCUGAAUGUGAAGGUGUUUGUAUUUUGCUGAUAGUCCGGUCCAUUAUCUCCCUUCUCUGCUCCCAUAGCAGCUGUACAGAAGUCCUCGGUGGAUGAGUUCACACAGGAAAUGCCGGGACUCUGAUUGAUCCGGAUCAUCCGUGGACUGUGUGAACCAGCCGUUCUGUGUGCACUGUUCUGGAUCACAUGAUCUUUUCUUAAUAAAGACUCAACAGAAACUCA